CUCAGAGCAUUUAACUGCUGAGUGCGAUAGAGAGCGCAUCGUCCACAACGAACGCAAUGGAUAUACAAACACAUGCCAUUAAUAACUUUAUGGAUCCUAACUUUGAUGACAUGGAUUUGAAAAACAGAAAAGUGCAACACUGCGAGGAUCGCGUUGAUAGUGGCGUGGAUUCGUUAAAAGAGGACGAGUACGCCAAACUUCUGGAGGAUAUGGCGAUGCUGGAAAUGCCGCGUGAAAGUGUAAAUACAUACGAACCUUGGAAACAAGAAGUCACGGAAGAUGGCGACACGUAUCUUCACCUUGCAAUCAUUCACGAGGCUGAGGACUAUGCCAUCCAGAUCAUCAAACAGUGUCAGAAUGACUCGUUCUUGAACAGGCAAAACAACCAAAGACAGACUGCUCUGCAUCUAGCCGUGAUCAUGGAAAAGCCACAAAUGGUGGAAAGACUGCUGAAGGCCGGAUGUGACCCCUGCCUAGUCGAUCAAAGCGGAAACACUGCACUCCACAUUGCUUGCAAAAGAGGGUCUCUAGCUUGCUUCUCAGUGCUCACUCAGAUCCAGACCCAGCACCUGCGAUCCAUCCUCACCCUCCCAAAUUACAGCGGCCAUACCUGUCUCCACAUAGCAGCCAUUCACUGUUACCUGUCAAUGGUGGAGAUUCUGGUCCAGCUUGGGGCAGACAUUAACGCAAAGGAACAGUGUAGUGGCCGUACGUCGUUGCAUUUGGCAGUGGACCUGCAGAACUUGGAUCUGGUGCGCACACUCAUUGCUUUGGGAGCUGAUGUCAAUAGCCUUACCUAUGGCGGCUACACCCCCUACCACUUGACGUUUGGCCGAACGAACUGUGAGAUCCAAAGGCAGCUUUUUAAUCGGACCGCCCAAGAACUCAUUCCAAUGCCAGAGAGUGAGUCGGAGGAGAGCGAUGAGGAACUUGCAUCUGAUGAUGAUUGUAUGUAUGAUGACAUCCAGUUUUGUGGGAGAUAGACUGACUGUCAGAGCGACAUUACUUAAGACUAAACGCACAGCAGCAACAGCCGUAGAUGCUGUUUCGGGACGCUAUUGCCGGGGUGUGCCACGUCACAAGAAGCCAGCCGGACCCAGAAUGGCAAAAAGCAUUUCCGGGUGAAACACGAUCGUGAUGGUGCUGUUAAACGUGGAGAAAGCCCAGAGAAAGCUGGACAGAGACCCUUUAAAUACAAUGCCUUUGAAAUCUACUUUUGAAACCAAAGAAAUGGGAGAAAGUUUGUAUAUUGUGUAAAUACACAGAGAUAUAUAUUUUUAUAUUUGUAAAUUUGUCAAAUAACAUAUUGUACAUAAUGUUCCUAGAUUAUAUAACACUGUGAAAAUAUUUUUACAUUAAAAAAAUAAGUGAAUAACUAA